AUGUUUUCAGAACUGCUUGUAUUGUCUAGGAAAUCAAGAACUUUGCAAUUGUACCUACUCUACGAUUUCGAAGGAGUGCCACCGAAUGAUUUGAGAGUGGUUGAGGUACCUGAAACGUUUCCGAGGUUACCCCCAAAAACAGUGGAUCCUGUUCCUCCUGUUAUUAUUCCAAGAGUCACACAACCGGUAAACCCAAAGUCUGGUUUAGGGAAAGUUACGGUCGUGAAAAAGAAAACCGUUACUUCGAUAGCGCCGGCACAUCAGUGCAGGUCUGGAUGCAGAUCAAAAGUUCAUGCUGGACAUGAAUGUGGUUUUCUCUGCGUAAUAGGAAAGUUCAUAAACUUUCUGCGAGGGCGAAGUGAUGGAGAAGUUAAAUGUGCUUUUGAGCAUAACUGCAAGACGUGCCUCAACAACUGCAUAGUCGACCCUAAAUGUUCUCGCUUAGGUCACCGAAGAAUGACCGAAAAAUCUGCGGCAUCAAGGAUCGGCUGUAAACCACGUUGCAUAGGGCACAGCUGCACUUUAAUGAAGGAGUCAGUUAAGAGCCGUGAAAUUGUUGCAGAUCGUUUUCCGAACAAUUACAGUAAGCGUCGGGUAGGAUGCGAUAGUAAAAAUAGAUGCUGUUGUAUUGCUAGUCGUUGUACUAUGUUUAAGGAGCAAAAACAGAUGAAUACAAAUUGUUGCUGCUGCUGUGACCAAUGUGACGAUGUUCAUCACGAUUCAAUCUGUGAACCUUGCUGUGGGUUGUCGCCAGAAGUUACAUAUUCAGACACUGUAAAAACCGUUAAAGAUGUGAAGAGAUUUUCAAAGCAUUAUUCACGUCCAAUAAGACUAGCAUUAGGCUCAGUGACCAAAACGAUAAGUGAGUAUAAGUGA